AUGGCCGAGUUAGCCCCCGGGUUCCGCUUCUACCCAACGGAGGAGGAGCUCAUCUGCUUCUACCUCCGGAACAAGCUCAGCGGCACCCGCCGCGGCGACAUCGAGCGCGUCAUCCCCGUCGCCGACGUCUGCGCCCUUGACCCAUGGGAGCUCUCAGGCAUGGCACAAGCGCAGUCCAUCGAUCGAGUGCAUUUCUUUGAGGCGGCGCACCUUGGCGCGUACUCCGGCAACGAGGAGCCGUGGUUCUACUUCUGCCCGCGGCAGGAGCGCGAGGCGCGGGGCGGGCGCCCGAGCCGGACCACGCCGUCGGGCUACUGGAAGGCAGCGGGCACCCCGGGGUUGGUCUACGCCGCCGACGGCCGCCCCAUCGGGACCAAGAAGACCAUGGUGUUCUACCGCGGCCGCGCACCGGCGGGGGCCAAGACCAAGUGGAAGCUAAACGAGUACAAGGCUUUCGAGUACGAGUACGAGGACGAUUCAGCUCCGGCGCCGCCGCCGAGCCAUGCUCCCCAGACGAGGAGCGAGUACAGCCUGUGCCGGCUCUACACCAAGUCCGGGUGCCCGCGGCAGUUCGACCGCCGGCCUAGCACUGUACCAGCCGCGGCGGGUGGCAGCGGCGGCGGCGAGAACCAGGCGCCGUCGUCGGCUGCGUUGCCAAACGGUGACCAAACGGGACAGAAGAGGAAAAGGGCUGCGCCGAGCGACGACGACACAUAUUCGAGUUACGACGACGGCGACGACGUCUCCACGCAGCAGCGGCUGCGGCUGGCACAGAGAGGGACCGGUGACGGUGAGGGGCUCAUCGAGGACGACAUGGCCGACUGGUCAGAGUUCUUGGACGACUGGAUUUGA